AUGUUAUGUUUUUUUUUGCAGAGCACCAGCCUCAAGCACAUCCUUCUCACUGCCACCUUGUUUCUCCAACUUUCCAAUGCUGCCAUCCUCAAAGACGUCCUUCUUCCAAGCUCAACUCUGACGCGAGUACCUAGAGACUCAAAGUACCCCAGUAGAUAUGGAAGUGGUACCAGUAAUGAAGACAAGGCACUAAAACCGGAAACUGCUGGCGAUACUAGAGAUCCACCAAAUGAGAGUACCGUGGGGAAGAGAUGUAUACGGUGCGAAACGUCCGGUUCCGGGUACUACGAUAGGUACCCUCAGGAUAGCAGAAAUCGGUACUAUGAUAGAGAUUAUGACGAUCGGGACCGGUACUAUGACAGGGAUAGGUACUACGAUCGAGAUAGAUAUGAUAGAUAUCCUGAGAGAGACGGAUACUUGCCACCAAGAAGUAGAUAUGGAGGUGGUAGGGACCGAUACGAUGACAAAUAUUAUGACAGAUACGGUGGCGGAGGCAGAGGUGGUGAUGCAUAUGAUAGAUAUGGCGAUUAUGAUAGAUACGAACCUUCAGAGCGGUAUCCAGAAAGGGGAGUAGGCUACGAUAAUCGCGGUUACGACUACAGAGAAACUGGUGUGGGUGGGUACAGGCCCUUAGACGAGACCUAUAGAGGCAGCUCUGGGUUUGACGGCGCCGGGCGAGGGUACUAUUUUGCUGCCGGUGUCGGCAGACCUGAUUAUGGUACCUCUGGUGCUGGUGGAUAUGGCAGGGGACGGAGUAUCAAAUGGUACAGGCAGGUGGCUGUUGAGUUACUUACUGGAACAAGCAUAGUAAACGCCCAUUAUUUAUAUAAUAAGAAUGAAAAUGCACAAAAAAGAAUAAGUUUAACAGACUUCAAGGAAAAAUUAUGCUUGAAAUUACUUUCAAAAGAUACGAUGACCGAUACAACAGUCGGCGAGAUCCCUAUGACGCUUAUAGAACAACCAGCUACCUCCAUGACAGGCCCUCAACAACUACUACGAAACCGUCUGAAGACAGCGAUAGAAGCAAGUCAUCGUCGUCCGACAACAGUAGCAACAAUUCUGGAUGAACAGUUGUGUAGAAAGAGUGCACCUGGGACUCCUGAACUAAACUACAGUGUUUGAAAAGAUGGGUCUCUGAAUUUGGCUGUAGGCCCCGCUAAAUCGUCAUUUCCAUUUACGUUUAGUUAUUUUUAAAUUUUCAUAUGUUUGGAGUAUUUGAAAAAAAAAUCCGACUGUUAGGUCUUUCUUAAAAUCGAUUCCUUGAUUGUUUUUAAUACACAUGAAAGCAUUUGGAAUCACGUCUGCAACCAAAUUCAGUCUAUAGAACCGUCUUCAUUUUUUAAGUUUGGUUGUUGACAUGAGUACUAGAAUAUCGUAUUUUGUAAUGAGGGAUUUGGUAGCCAAUCGUACUAUAUCUUGCUCCGCCACUGAGGUAGAGCUAGCAAAGAGGUAUGUUUGUGCAUGAAUGCACAUUUCAACUUAGACGGACUUCAACAGCGGACCGCUACCGAAGGCACUGAUCGCUUCUAUAUAUAUGUAGACCCUGAAGACUGGAUGCACGAGGGUAUACUGCCAAAGAGAAAACCCGCAUAUCUAUGGAGCCAAUCCUGGCAGUAAGGAGGGCGAUACCCAUGGGCUCACCCUCACUCUAUGAGUUUACUCUCCUGUUUUCAGUAUUCGUGAUGCGGCAGCGAUAUGUGAUUUUGCUCCCGCUAGGCGAUGCUUGCGUGGUUGGUGGUCAAAGCUGUCAAACAUAGAUGAGAAAAGAUAUGUUUGACAUGUAUGUUUGUUCAUAACCGUAGAUGUGACCGAUACGACACCCAGCAAUUAGCGCCAUCUGCUUCUAGCUUUUCAGAUUAUCCCCGUUUGAAAGCUUACUCGUCGUUCCCCGCUCUCAUCUUUAAACAAAAGAAGCAUCAUUGCCAUUAACUAUUACUACUAAAUACUCAUGGCACCUUUUUUUAGCAAAGCGUAUAAAAUAUAGGCAUUACAUCGUUUUAUCCAAACACAUAAUCUCAUUUUUAUUCUUAUUUGUUGAUAACAACAUAGUUGCAUAUAUUGUAGUUAGCUACUAUUUGUGUUGACCCAGCUUCUUUGCGACUACUUUUGCUUGCUUUUCACCUCAAAAUAAUAUACCAAAUAGAGCCUUUUCAUAUUCUGUUAGAAUUAUCUGCGGAUAUUCAUUGGGAUUCAACACUUUGUAGAAAUAGUCUUACAUUGUAGUGGAGUCUUCGCUUAGAUAUUAUUACGAGCAUCUCUCGUUUUUGAUUUAGUGUU